AUGGCACUUCAACCCAACGCUGACCUCCAGUCCAAAGAGCAUCGGGCGCUCUUUGACAUCAUUGACAAGCUCCGAUCUCACGGCAUCGGACAGGUCGUUGACCUACCCGAGAUCAUUGUCUGCGGAGAUCAAUCAGCCGGCAAGAGCUCAGUGCUCGAGGCUAUUUCGGGUCACCCAUUUCCCACCAGAGAUGGCCUUUGCACUCGAUUCGUGACCGAGCUGGUCCUUCGCUGGGAUCACGUCUCCAAGUUCAAGGUAUCUAUUAAGCCUGGCCCUGAGCGCACCGCCGAAGAUGCUGCCAGACUGCGAGACUUUUGCGAUACGCUUGCACCCAACACUCCCUUGGAUGAAGUUAUCGAGGCUGCCAAGGAUGCAAUGGGACUUGGUACGUCCAAGCGAUUCAGCACCGAUGUGCUUCGUGUCGAGAUCAGUGGCCCAGAUCAAGCACACUUGACUAUGGUUGAUCUGCCUGGCCUUUUUCGGGCUGGCAGCUCCCAGCAGUCGGUCGAGGACGUCAAGAUAGUUGGAAACAUGGUGCGCAAAGCAAUGUCACGACCACGCAGCGUCAUCCUCGCCGUUGUUUCAGCAAGCAACGAGUUCAACAACCAGGAAGUGACCGAGCUGGCGCGGAAGAUGGACCCCCAAAGAGUUCGGACGCUCGGUCUCAUUACCAAGCCUGACAAGCUUGAGGAGGGUUCGGAAUCAGAGAGAAAUUACCUCAACCUUGUACGCAACCAGGACGUCGUCCUCGAACUCGGCUGGCACGUCCUCCGGAAUCAGGGUCACCGUGAGAUGAACUCGGACAAUGGCGCGUCUUCUCGCGACGAAGUGGAAAGGGACUUCUUUUCCAAAGGCGCCUGGCGCGGUAUAGAUUCAUCAAGCCUUGGGGUGGCCGCCCUUCGUAAACGUCUCAGCGCUGUCUUGUGGAGGCAAAUCCUGCACCACCUUCCGAGCCUCCGUGACGACAUGGAAGAUCGCAUUCGCGAAUGCGAGGAGACCCUUGUUAGGCUGGGCGAUUCGCGCGAGACAGGACCCAAGCAGCGCAGAUACCUGCUCGGUGUAAGUCAGAAAUUCUGCCAGCUCAUGACUGCUGCCGUCGAGGGAAACUACAGCGAUGCCUUCUUUGGGGACGCCUCCUCCGAUGACGGCUACGCAAAGCGCAUCAGGGCCGUGGUGCAGAGCUCAUUGCGGGAAUUUAGGGAUAUUAUGAUGCGUGACGGAAAGAGUGAAGAUAUUUUGGACUAUGAAGUCCGAAGUGCAGAGGGAAUCUCACGGCCUGUAAACUCGGAGUUGGUUCCGCGGUCCGAUUACAUCAACCGUGUCAUUAGACUAAUGGAUCGGAGCAAGGGCCGCGAGCUUCCAGGGACCUUCAACCCUAUCAUUGUGCAAGAUCUUUUCAAGGAGCAGUGUCAGCCCUGGAAGGCAAUUGUGAAAGAUACAACGGACUUGGUGGUUGCUUCAGUGACAACGACGGCCAUGGCUAUCCUUGACCACGUUGCUCUACCAAAGACUGUUAGCGGAAUUGCGGCCAUCAUCGACGAGCGCAUAAACUCACUCAAGGAGCAGCUUGAGGUCAAAGUCCGAGAGCUCCUGGCACCGCACUACGACGGCCAUCCGAUCACGUACAACCACUACCUGACGGAUAUGGUGCAAAAGGCCCAGGCCAAACGUCGACGCAGGGACGUGGAAAGUUUUGUUAAGUCCAACACAACCUUGGGACAGAUUGAAGGAUCCAUUGAACGGUUUUCGUUUAGCGGACUUGUGCAGUUCCUUUUAAGUAUGGAAACCAUUGAGCCGGACAUGGAGAAGCAAGCUAGUGGGCUCGCGGUGGACUACGCUGAAGCAUACUACAAGGCAAGAACCCUCGUCGCCCUGAAGAGGAUCAUCGACGAAGUCAGCGAUCUUGCUGUCGAGCGACAGCUCAUCUGUUUUCUGCCCUCACUCUUCACACCGGAAAUGGUCUAUGAUCUAAGUGACGAAGAGGUAUCUGCACUGGCUGCCGAGGACGAGCAGGCAGCUGCAGAGCGCGUCCGAUGCAGUGAACUACUCUCUGCGCUCUAUGCAAGUAUGGUAGAGCUGAAGCGACUUGACGGUCACCGGACCGCUGCUUACAACGGUGUAGAUUCCGCAUUUGCGGCGUCCAUUUCACAGCCACCAUUUGAUUGUGACGUGUACUCGCUGUCGCCAACCCCAGACGCGACGGAAGAGGAUGGCUGCCCUAUUGCCGUACCAACCCUCGUCAAUUCACAAGGAGAUGAAGGGGUCGUGACUCCGUACGAAUCUGAAGCUAAUCCGGAGCCUGCACCUCCAGAGGAGGUUGAAGACUUUUGGGGGUCUGUUUCGAAGAAGGAUAAGAAGAAGGAUAAGAAGAAGAAGAAGGAGUAUAACUUUGUGGAAGCAAUACCAUAG